GCGUGAGAGGAAGUGUGCCUUUCCUGCCAGGGGAGGGUCCUGGAUUAACUCAGCUCUGUCUGCCCUCAUACCAAACGCUCAGCUGAUAACUGCUGCCGAAGGAUAUACUGUAGCCAGACUGACUGCACUGCUAACUGCUGCUGUGGUUUAUAUUGGCAGACUGCAGUGGAGAGCAAGAGGAGGAGAUUGUUUUCAGUUUCUGUGUGGAGGAGGGAGGAGGGAGGAGGGAGAAAGAAAGAACGCUAACUUCACCAGAGCUGGUGGUUUUGCUGCUGUAGGGAGAGGAAAAACAGAAUAACGGAGGCAGAGAAAGAGAAAACGAUCUUGUGUCAGGCUUAAUGGCCUGAUGGGGGAGAUGUCCAAGGUUUAACGCAGCAUGUCCAUUGGAGCGAGGCACCCAGAGGCCGAGACAGGAUUUGUUCCUAGUGUUCAAGACUUUGAUAAGAAGCUAGCUGAAGCUGAUGCCUACCUGCAGAUUCUGAUUGACCAGUUAAAGCUGUUUGAUGAGAAGAUCAAGGACUGCAAAGAGGAUGAAUCACGCAGAAAAAUCGAAAAUUUGAAGGAGACUACUUGUAGCAUGGUAGAGUCCAUCAAGCACUGUAUUGUACUGCUGCAAAUCGCCAAGGACCAAAGUAACGAACAGCAACACGCAAACGGACUUAUAAGCACCAUAAACCCAGUGGAUGGGAUCUACCAACCUCCUCUGGACACUCCUGUAGUCAACACCACGAUGCCAACACAGACCACACUACCCACAGACGCUUCUCAGGUGUGUAAAUCAGACCAACGACCCUCCACGUUACCUGUUGGUCCCGUCGUCACAGUGAUGGGCAGUCUGCAGACCCCAACUCCCAACAGCACAGGGAGUGGCCCGUCAGGCCCCAGCAGCAGCGUCGCCUCUCCUGCUCACAUCCCCCUCCCCUCGCACUCGGUGCCAGACUUCUCCUACUCCUCCAGCGAGGAUGAGUUCUAUGAUGCUGAUGAGUUCUACCAGAGCAGCACUUCCCCCAAACACUGCAUAGAUCCCUCAGGGCCUCAAGCUGCCUCGCCCCUCACUAAUGAAGCGACAGCGUUGAAACGACCAGACACCACCGAGUCCCUCAACUCUUCCAUGUCCAACGGCACCACAGAUGCAGACCCAUUUGACAGUCACGACGACCGCGAUGAUGAAGGCGAGGGCGAGUCCGUGGAGGAGCACAAGAGUGUCAUCAUGCAUCUUCUCUCCCAAGUUCGAUUGGGAAUGGACCUCACAAAGGUGGUGCUGCCUACCUUCAUCCUAGAGAGGAGAUCUUUGUUAGAAAUGUACGCAGACUUCUUUGCACAUCCCGACUUAUUUGUAAGUAUCGCUGAUCAGCCGGAGCCCCGGGAGCGCAUGGUUCACGUGGUAAAGUGGUACCUGUCAGCGUUCCAUGCAGGGAGGAAAGGUUCAGUGGCCAAGAAACCUUACAACCCAAUCCUGGGAGAAGUCUUCUACUGCCACUGGGAUCUGCCCAGCGAAUCAGAGGAGCCGUCCCUACACACGGAGACGGUGUCAGAGGGUCCAGUACCGUGGUCGUCAACCAACAGCGUGUGUUUUGUGGCAGAGCAGGUCUCUCACCACCCACCCAUUUCUGCAUUCUACGCAGAGUGUUUAAAUAGGAAGAUUCAGUUCAACGCCCACAUCUGGACUAAGUCUAAGUUCUUAGGCAUGUCCAUAGGUGUCCACAAUAUUGGCCAAGGUUGUGUGUCGUGUUUGGAGCACGAUGAACACUACAUCCUUACCUUCCCCAACGGAUAUGGCAGGUCGAUUCUGACUGUGCCGUGGGUGGAGCUGGGCGGGGAGUGCAGCAUCUCCUGCUCUAAGUCGGGCUACAGUGCAAACAUCGUGUUCCACACCAAACCCUUCUACGGAGGAAAGAAGCACAGGAUCACCGCUGAGAUUUUUGCACCAAAUGAUAAGAAGUCUUUCUGCUCCAUCGAAGGAGAAUGGAACGGAGUGAUGUACGCCAAGUGGGCAACUGGGGAGAACACAGUGUUCAUAGACACUAAGAGGAUAGGCAUCAUUAAGAAGAAAGUGAGAAAGCUGGAAGACCAGCUCGACUACGAGUCCCGAAGAUUGUGGAGAGACGUGACGUUGAACCUGAAGCUGAAAGACAUCGAUGCAGCAACAGAUGCCAAACACCGGCUGGAGGAGAAACAGAGAGCCGAAGCCAGAGAGAGGAAGGAGAACGAGCAGCAGUGGGAGACCAGGCUAUUCCACGAGGACGGGGAGUGCUGGGUCUACGACGAGCCUCUAUUAAAGAGAUUAGCCUCUCAGAGGCACUGAGCAGACUACGCACACAGAUAACACACACCAUACGUAUGCAUAAAGAGAUGCACACACACAACAGAGUCUUCAUAAGAACUCUUUUGCAAAACCACUUCUUUUCCAAGCCUUGGAAUGACUGAUGAUUGAAUAUGUACACAGCUUUGCAUUUGACUGUAAAACAACAAUAUGGAAAUGAAUGAAAUCAAAUGGAAAAGCAUCUAAGAUGUAACAUGAAAACUAGUAAAGCUCCUCUCCUUAUUUGGGCAAUGUCACUUCCACCGCCACAGAUACCCGCCAACACGAGACUUGGCAGCGCAGAGGGUUGACACGUCUCUCAGCUCUGUCCGUCAGCUUCACGGCCACACCUCUCAUCAGGUCCACAGGACGAGCCACUCGUUUCCCUACACAGAUGUUUUUUGGGAAGGGGGGGCAAAAGUGUGUGUGGUCGAUGGUGUUCAAAUCAAAUAAACCUUGACAAAUAAAAUGGCGCUCUACAUCUCAGGGAAUCUGGUGACUGAGGAAAGAAAGCUGCUGCCCCCUCCGAGAGUCUGACAGCCUUAUAACGGUGGAAGGGACUAAUCUUAAAGGGGCGGGAGAGGAAUUCUCCGCUUGCCUGCAACUAGUUGUAACUGUUGUUUAUAUAUAGAUAUACAUAUGAUGGAUAUAUAAAUAUAUAUUCUUUUUUAUUUUCAAUGCUCUUUUUGUUUAUUUUUUUUCUUUCUGGCAAUAGUGUAAAAUAUUUGAAGAUAUGAACUUGAUGGCUUUACAUCUUUAGGAAUCAUUCCAUUUACCCUUUUGGUGUUAUGUUCCCAUUUCGAGUUAACUUUGCCGCCUAUGUGGUCCUUCACACUGUUCUGUGUCUCAAGUGUUACCCAGAAGCAAAGCCCUACCUAAGCCAUAGCAUCUGAACACGCUGAUUUGUGGAAUAUAUGCAAUAUAGAGCUCAUUGACAUCGCCUGUCAAAGGACAAAUUCGGGUGUCCAUUAUGCCAAAAAGGUUUAGAUAUAAGGCUAAAGGGACUUUUCAUCUGGACAGAGAUCAAACAGUCCUCUGAAAAUGUGUCCAUGUUACCUGAAGGCAUUUAUGAACAAAUGAUUGUUUACAUAUUUUUGUCUUUCUGGUUCGCUGGUUCAUGAUGUAAGGCUAGGACCGAGUCUGUUUAGUCUCCCUUUUUGUCCCUGUGUCCUCUCCAAACCCAAAGAUGUCAGAGUGGAUCACCCUCACGGUUCACGUGUUGUCAGAGGGAGAGGAGAGUAAAAAUCGAGGAACCAGAGUAGACUUUUGAAACGCUGCUGCUGUUUCUUAGAGCUGCUAUGAGUCCAGACUGUGUUCUUCCGGAUCAGUUUUCUUGUAAACUUAUAUUUUUUGUUCAAUGUUUUUUGAGAUAACAACCACAUAGAGGGCAAUAUCUAUCCUCCUGUACACCUCUGCUUUAUUGAAUCAUCAUUCAUUCUCUUAUUUACAGCUACAUAGGUUGGAUCUAAAUGCAAUGAUACUUGGAUAAAAUACAGAAAUAAAAAACAAUUUUCACCUGAAAAUGCCCGAGAAUAUCUCUCACAGCAGUCCCUUGUUAUAUCUGUCAACAUUAAAGAUUUGAUUAUCGUAUGCUCUAGAUUUUUGACCUGUAUGAAUAUGGUUGAUUUAAAUGAAGAUUACAAGACCUCUGACUCUUAAAAUCAGUGAAUCUGGUGAAGGAAUCUAUAAAGGUAAACAUAUUCCUGGUGCUGUAUGCAGAUCAAGUGGAAAAUGUGUUGAAUUUAAUCCUCCUCUAAAAGCAUACAAAAUGCUGUUUAAGUGAAACCAAAUGAAAUCCAGUGUCCAAGCUAAAUUUGAAAUUUUUAAUUUUUUUUUCCUCCAUGUUAUGUCUUUGUAAAUUAUAUUGAAUCGAGGCCUUGCCAUACAUUUCAGUAUCACUCAGUAUCGCCUGAUAGAGAGCAAUCAAAAUGUAUUUUUUAUUUCAUUUUGAUCAUAACCAUUGAUUGUAUCAGAUUUUCCUGUUUAUUGAUGCAUAAUAUUAAAUCUCCAUGAGUUUAUUCCUGA